UCAACGAAGAAUAUAGAAUUGUUUUGUAACUUUCAAGAACAAGCCAUGAGUUCUAGAAAAGUAUGCUCUUUGUUGAUAUAGACUAUUUAUCUUGAUUUUAAGUGGUUGAAAAGAAUGCCUCCUAAGGUGGAGCCAAUACUACAAUGAUUACGUGAGAAAAUGAAAUUAUUGGUUGAUCAUAUUAUAAUAUUUGUCAAACCAGAUGGAAGUGUUAGAACUGGGAGAAAUACUUUAAAUCUAUUUGAAACGCCUUUGAAGAGACAUCAAUAAGAUGAAUCAAAUGUAAUAAUAUCUAUUUAAAAUAGUUAUCAUAAUCUGGUAUUAAUUAGACUAUUCUUUGUAUGACUUUGAAUAUAGCGAUGAAGAUAUGA